GCCAUCCACCGCCCAGCACAUCUGCCUUAGUCAUCUAAUCAUCUCUACCUGUAGAGGGCGCCAUCCACCGCCCAGCGCAUCAGCCUUAGUCAUCUAAUCAUCUCUACCUGUAGAGGGCGCCAUCCACCGCCCAGCGCAUCUGCCUUAGUCAUCUAAUCAUCUCUACCUGUAGAGGGCGCCAUCCACCGACCAGCACAUCUGCCUUAGUCAUCUAAUCAUCUCUACCUGUAGAGGGCGCCAUCCACCCCCACCGCCCAGCACAUCUGCCUUAGUCAUCUAAUCAUCUCUACCUGUAGAGGGCGCCAUCCCACCCCCACCGCCCAGCGCAUCUGCCUUGGUUGACUCUCACUUUUCAUAAGACUGCAGUGCCUCACAAUGUCUCUUACUCUUUCUGAUACUCUGCUGUCCAUGUGUCUUGUCUGUUUCUUCAUGUAGCUGCCUCAUAAACUAGUGUGAAUGUCAGAGAAUGAACCCAUUCAAGCAUUCAUAUAGAAUAGAAUACUACUCUGUCCUGGGACCAGUUUACUGGGAGCAGUGUUCACGUGGUGGUGAUGAGGAGAGUACAGACACAACGGGAGGUUUGCUGUGGAUGACACUGUUUUGUCUGUGUGAUCUUGUCUCAUCAGAGGACAGAUUUGGGAAGGCUGGGAGGGAUAGGGUCCAGGAGGCGACAGUGGCCCCGUCAGAAGCACCCAGUGCAGGAGGAACGGGAAUGGACUGGUCAGAACUUGAACCCUUGUACAGACUUGACAAGCACGCGUACGAUCUCAAACUCAACUUCAACGUCAGCCUGGAGGACUGGGACAACUUUGACUGGACCGUGGACAGGAUGUUCACGAUGCUAGGCAACUUCAACCACCAGCCGAACGGGCGCCGCAGCAACUUGAUUCCCGGGGAGGGUAGAGGAGGAAGAGACCACGCCCUGGUGUCCUCAACGGACCAAUCAGCCUCAGCCAUCUACCUGACCACCCUGGCCACUCCAGCUCUCCUGCUGAGAGAGGCUGCGGCCGAGGUCCUGAGGGAGGCGUUGGGGCUGAAUGGAGGGGAGCACCGCUCUUCCUCCUCCUCCUCCUCCUCUUCCUGUCCUCCAGUCCCAGCUGAGGAGGGCCGCUCAGACUGGGACCACUCCCCACCUCUCCUCAACCAGUUAGGGGAGGAGGGCCCGCCUAGACUGCAUGACGAGGAUGAGGAGGCCAGGGAUAGGGGUGAUGAAGAGGAGGAGGAAGAGUUGUUUAGGAGACGGUCGGCCCGGUGGAGGCUGAACCAUGCUCACUGUCAGUGCAGUGACUUUGUUCAGGAAGCUGAGAACGGGUUGCCUGUAUGACUGCCUGUAAGACCCCUCUCUCACUCUGUCUCCCCUCCUCACCUGAGAUUUUAGGGAGACUGAAUCAGCACAAUGUCACCUCUGGCCUGUCCACCACCCAGACCCGCUUCUCAACCUCCUCCUCCUCAGGCCACAGCAGCACUUCCUGGCUGAUAUGGGGACGAGCCUGUCCCUUUAAUCAAGACUGCAGUCCUCCAGUGCCCCAACCAUAUCCCAGGCCAGCAGACGGCCCACUGCUGGCCCCUUCCUGUAAUACACCAACGGACUUCACCAAGAGAUUCUUUGUGAGCGAACACAGCAGCAGCAGCCCAUGAUUCUUUAUGAGCGAACACAGCAGCAGCAGCCCAUGAUUCUUUAUGAGCGAACACAGCAGCAGCCCAUGAUUCUUUAUGAGCAAACACAGCAGCAGCCCAUGAUUCUUUAUGAGCGAACACAGCAGCAGCAGCCCAUGAUUCUUU